ACGGGUAUUCCCCUCAAGAACACCACUCUGGAAGGAAUCAUGAUUCUAGUUUUUUUGCUGUUGGCGUUGUUUGUUGGAAAUGCAGUUUCUUACGAUUUCCAAGAUCCAUACUUCAAUGACCUCCUGCUGGAAGACCUAAUGGUUUUGCAGGGCCGUCCUGCAUUGACCACCAGGGCAUCGGAUUCGGAAGAAAGUCAGUUACAGUACACCUGCUGCAAUUACUUGAACGAGGAAAAUUUCAGCAAAUUGCAACAAACACAGAUCGUGUGCUAUGUGGAGCAUACGCUGCUCAGUGCCACCAAAACGAAGUCCGGCCGAGCCGUAACGCCAGUCGACAUGUUCUCCUGCGAUAGGCUGUCCAAACUCAAAGAGCAAUACAUCUGCGCUGCGGAUUGCGUCGCUCGUAAGGAGAACAUCACCGACGCCAGCGGAAGCCUGCUCGGGUCGGACGUCCUGGUUCAAUUCGUUUCCCAAUACUACGCACCGGAAGUGUUCAGCGACGACCAAAUCAAGGAAUUCGUCGACACCUGUCUGGGGGAACAGAAAACCGACGGCGCCGAAACGACCCCGACCAAUGCCAAGUGCAACCCGUCGUCAGCCCGAUUCGGGUACUGUAUGUGGCGCAGAACGAUCCUAAGCUGCCCGACCGAGAGACAAGAUACCAGCCCGGCAUGCGAUAAUCUGCGCGAUAAGCUACUCUAUCAGGAGGCAAAAUAUUUAUCCGACGAGACACGCCGCCGGUGAGCUGCUGAUCCGGAAGUGCGUCCACUAUUUUCGAACGAUUUGUUUAUGGUGCAAAAUAAAAAAAACGGUCGAAACAGACUAAUUUU